AUGAGAGGCUAUGAGGAUACCACAGCCUUCCUGGGGGAGUGGGGACACUUUCAACAGACUGUCUUCUUUCUGCUCUGUGCCAGCACCAUUCCCAAUGGAUUCAGCGCCUUCUCCGUGAUCUUUCUGGGGGACAGCCCCCCGCACCACUGUUUUAUCCCAGACUCGGGCAACCUGAGCCAGGCAUGGAGGAAUGCCAUCAUUCCCAUAGAGGUGGUGAAUGGACAGCAGGAGGAGAGUAAGUGCAGCAGAUACAGGCUGGAUGUGGUCAGAAACCUGUCUGCUCUGGGCUACAUCCCCGGCCUGGACGUCAACCUCACUGGAGUGGAGCAGGAGCGCUGUGUGGAUGGAUGGAGCUACAGCAAAGAUAUAUACCAGUCCACCAUAGUCACUGAGGUGAGUGUACACACAUUCUAUCUCUACAAGCUGCUCCCGAAAAUGCCCAGGGCAGUUGGGGGCCUAUUCUGACCCGAGUUAAGCGUGCUUAAAUGGAACGUAAUUCCCAUUUUAUGCUCUUUUCUCUCUAUGCUAUUCUGACCAUGAACAUAAAGGGAUACUUUGGGAUUUUGGCAAUAAGGCCCUUUAUCUACUUCCCCAGAGUCAGAUGAACUCGUGGAUACAAUUGUUAUGUCUCUGCGUGCAGUUUGAAGGAAGUAACAAGCCCCCUGCCUGUACGUCCCACAGAAACCACUUUUUUUUCUUUCUCGUAACACUUUCUCUGGUUGCCACUACUCUUGCUUAACUAAAACUGCUUUAUUUUAACAAACACAACGCAAUGGUAAAUCUAAGUGCAGGCGGUAGCGCUAUAGGUUCAGGGGUGUGUCAGAAUUUUUUUUCUCCAUUUUCACUAUCACAAUUAUUGGCGCACUUGCUGACAUUCGUGCGAAAGGGCUGGGAUUUGAUGAAUAAACAAGUUGUGGGUUUGUCGAGGCUUGGCCCCUCACUGGCCAAUCAGAACGUGCUCCAUGGCGAAAUAUGUGGUUGCUUCAGGUUGUGUAUUUACGGUCUUUUAUGUAUUGCCUUGGAAUUAAAUCCAAUUCCAAUGUUAGUCCGUUAUAGUUUGUUAAAUGGCUUACAGAAACAAAAUAACAAAAUGUAGACCUAUCCCAUCUUUGCUAAAUACACUAUAAAUACAAAAGUAUGUGGACACCCCUUCAAAUUAGUGGAUUACACUAUUUCAGCCACACCCGUUGCUGACAGGUUUAUAAAAUCGAGCACACAGCCAUGCAAUCUCCAUAGACAUACAUUGGCAGUAGAAUGGCCUUACUGAAGAGCUCAGUGACUUUCAACGUGGUACCUUCAUAGAAUGCACCUUUCCAACAAGUCAGUUCGUCAAUUUUCUGCCCUACUAGAGCUGCCCCGGUCAACUGUAAGUGCUGUUGUUGUGAAGUGGAAACGUCUAGGAGCAACAGCGGCUCAGCUGCGAAGUGGUAGGCCACACAAGCUCACAGAACGUGACCGCCGAGUGCUGAGUUCCAAACUGCCUCUGGAAGCAAUGUCAGCACAAAAACUGUUCGUCGGGAGCUUCAUGAAAUGGGUUUCCAUGGCCGAAUAGCCGCACACAAGCCUAAGAUCACCAUGCACAAAGCCAAGCGUCGGCUGGAGUGGUGUAAAGUUCGCCGCCAUUGGACUCUGGAGCAGUGGAAAUGCGUUCACUGGAGUGAUGAAUCCCGCUUCACCAUCAGGCAGUCCGACGGAUAAAUCUGGGUUUGGUGGAUGCCAGGAGAACGCUACCUGCCCCAAAGCAUAGUGCCAACUGUAAAGUUUGGUGAAGGAGGAAUAAUGGUCUGGGGCUGUUUUUCAUGGUUCGGGCUAGGCCCCUUAGUUCCAGUGAAGGGAAAUUUCAAUGCCACAGCAUACAAUGACAUUCUAGACAAUUCUGUGCUUCCAACUCUGUGGCAACAGUUUGGGGAAGGCCCUUUCCUGUUUCAGCAUGACAAUGCCAGAAGAGUGGAGGCUGUUAUAGCAGCAAAGGGGGGACCAACUCCAUAUGAAUGAUUGUGAAAUGAGAUGUUUGACGAGCAGGUGUCCACAUACCUUUGGUAAUGUAGUGUAGGUUAACUUGAACCCAUUUGCAGUCCAUAUUGUUCUAAGUAAUUGCAUGGCUUCAAUAGCAUUCACACUGAUAUAGGGGCUAUGCUUACUGUAAAUUGCAUUAUGGCUGAACAUGGACAUGCUAAACAUUGUCAAUAAGCAUAUUACACUGCACAAUAUUAAAACAAUGCAGACUAUGGAGGGUUUUACACACAUCCAAAAUGGGACCUGCAUGGCUAAAAUAAUGUGGGCCUGCCUACAAUGCAUAGAUAAAAAGGGAAUGUCAGCUCACUGUUUUAUUCUCAAACUUGAUAUUUUAAUAAAGCUUUGGUGAUUAAGAUUUAUUUCCAAGCGGUCUUGCCAAACCCUUUAUCGACAGUCUUGAAUACUUUGCGACUGCAUUGAGCAGACAAAAAAAAGCCUUAGUUGAGAGGAGGGGAGGCUAUGCUUUGUUAACCAGCUGUUGCUAAAAACUGGGUUUAAAAUGGUGCAGUUCGAGGAUAUUUAGGAGUUGAUAAAUAAAUAUAGUAGGAAUGGAAAGCUGGGAUCCCCUCUUAACAAAGGCCAUUAAAACUGCAGUUUUCUCUGUGACAGCAAUCAUUUUUGUCCAUUGACUGCUUGUCAGAAUACGUUUCCCUCCCUAUGGCACUCAUAACUUGAAUGCGCCUCGAGAAUAAUUUAUCUCGCAUAGAACACACAACAACAACCCGACUAGUUAAAUACAGUGGCUUGCAAAAGUAUUCACCCCCCUUGGUAUUUUUCCUAUUUUGUUGCCUUACAACCUGGAAUUAAAAUGGAUUUUGGGGGGGUUUGUAUAAUUUGAUUUACACAACAUGCCUACCACUUUGAAGAUGCUAAAUAAAAAUGUUUGUGAAACAAACAGGAAAUAAGACAGAAAAACAGAACUUGAGCGUGCAUAACUAUUCACCCCCCCCCCCCUAGUAUGUCUCUAUAAGCUUGGCACAUCUAGCCACUGGGAUUUUUGCCCAUUCUUCAAGGCAAAACUGCUCCAGCUCCUUCAAGUUGGAUGGGUUCCGCUGGUGUACAGCAAUCUUUAAGUCAUACCACAGAUUCUCAAUUGGAUUGAGGUCUGGGCUUUGACUAGGCCAUUCCAAGACAUUUAAAUGUUUACUCUUAAACCACUCAAGUGUUGCUUUAGCAGUAUGCUUAGGGUCAUUGUCCUGCUGGAAGGUGAACCUCUGUCCCAGUCUCAAAUCUCUGGAAGACUGAAACAGGUUUCCCUCAAGAAUUUCCCUGUAUUUAGCGCCAUCCAUCAUUCCUUCAAUUCUGACCAGUUUCCCAGUGCCUGCCGAUAAAAAAAACAUCCCCACAGCAUGAUGCUGCCACCACCAUGCUUCACUGUGGGGAUGGUGUUCUCGGGGUGAUGAGAGGUGUUGGGUUUGCGCCAGACAUAGCAUUUUCCUUGAUGGCUAAAAAGCUCAAUUUUAGUCUCAUCUGACCAGAGUACAUUCUUCCAUAUGUUUGGGGAGUCUCCCACAUGCCUUUUGGCGAACACCAAACGUGUUUGCUUAUUUUUUUCUUUAAGCAAUGGUUCCUUUCUGGCCACUCUUCCGUAAAGCCCAGCUCUCUGGAGUGUACAGCUUAAAUUGGUCCUAUGGACAGAUACUCCAAUCUCCGCUGUGGAGCUUUGCAGCUCCUUCAGGGUUAUCUUUGGUCUCGUUGUUGCUUCUCUGAUUUACAUUUUAGUCAUUUAGCAGACGCUCUUAUCCAGAGAGACUUACAGUUAGUGAAUGCAUACAUGUUUUUUUAUUUUUAUUUUUCAUACUGGCCCCCUGUGGGAAACGAACCCACAUCUCUGCCAGCCAAACCCUCCCCUACCUUGGACGACGCUGGACCAAUUGUGCGCCGCCCAUGUGUCUCCCGGUCGCGGCCAGCUGCGACAGAGCCUGGACUCGAACCAGGAUCUCAAGUAGCACAGCUAGCACUGCGAUGUAGUGCCUUAGACACUGCGCCACUGAUUAAUGCCCUCCUUGCCUGGUCUGUGAGUUUUGGUGGGCGGCCCUCUCUUGGCAGGUUUAUUGUGGUGCCAUAUUCUUUCAGUCUUUUAAUAAUGGAUUUAAUGGUGCUCCGAGGGAUGUUCAAAGUUUGAGAUAUUUUUUUAUAACCCAACCCUGAUCUGUACUUCUCCACAACUUUGUCCCUGACCUGUAUGGAAAGCACCUUGGUCAUCAUGGUGCCGCUUGCUUGGUGGUGCCCCUUGCUUGGUGGUGCCCCUUGCUUGGUGGUGUUGCAGACUCUGGGGCCUUUCAGAACAGGUGUAUAUAUGCUGGGAUCAUGUGACAGAUCAUGUGACACUUAGAUUGCACACAGGUGGACUUUAUUUUACUAAUUAUGUGACUUGUGAAGGUAAUUGGUUGCACCAUAUCUUAUUUAGAUAUGCAAAGGAGGUGAAUACAUAUGCACGCACCACUUUUCCGUUAUUAAUUUUUUCGAAUUUUUUGAAACAAGUUAUUUUUAUAAUUUUACUUCACCAAUUUGGACUAUUUUGUGUAUGUCCAUUACAUGAAAUCCAAAUAAAAAUCCAUUUAAAUUACAGGUUGUAAUGCAACAAAGCCGGAAAAACAGCAAGGGGGGUGAAUACUUUUGCAAGGCACUGUAGAUAAACUAUUCUACUACGGCGUAGUCCGAUCUUUCUAUUCACUACUCGUUUUGUUUUCAGAGGAGAAGUAUAUGUGGAAUGUUCUAGCAUCUUCUAAGUGCACCUCAGCAGAAAUAAUUGUUCAUGUUCCAUAUUUUUUGGGCGUGGCGCCAAUGAUUUUGCCGUGGCGCAGCGCCACAUAUAAAUGACUGCAGCGGAAACAAUGCACAAGCGCAAUUGCUAACUAGCCUUAGCGCAAUGUCUGGAAGUCUGUGGGUAUCUGCUACCCUAGUUAGCAUUGGCUCACGAAACUACCUCUAAUUUCCUUCAUACUGGACACAGAGACAUAAAAAUGGUAUCCAUGAGUUCAUCAGACUCUGGGGAGAUAUACCUUUAAGCAUGAGAAUAGCAAAUGAGUAAUCCAUUUGGAUAAGGGAAUUGUAAAAAUACAGUGCAUUCGGAAAGUAUUCAGACCCCUUGACUUUUACCACAUUUUGGUAUGUUACAGCCUUAUUCUAAAAUUGAUUAAAUUGUUUUUUUCGUCAUCAAUCUACACACAAUACCCCAUAAUGACAAAGCAAAAACACGUUUUUAGACAUUUUUGCAAUUUGAUUAACAUUUAAAAAAAGUAUUCAGACCCUUUACUCAGUACUUUGUUGAAGCACCUUUGGCAGUGAUUACAGCCUUGAGUCUUCUUGGGUAUGACACUACAAGCUUGGCACACCUGUAUUUGGGGAGUUUCUCCCAUGCUUCUCUGCAGAUCCUCUCAAGCUCUGUCAGGUUGGAUGGGGAGCAUUGCUGCACAGCUAUUUUCAGGUCUCUCCAGAGAUGUUAGAUCGGGUUCAAGUCCGGGCUCUGGCUGGGCCACUCAAGGACAUUCAGAGACUUGUCCCAAAGAUGGGAAAAUGCUUACAAGAAAGAAAUGGAUGAAGAAAGUUUGCGAUUUCCAUUGUUACUUGUAAUGUUAAAAAGGGACGAAAAAGACAAUCCCAUUUUUCUAAAUUAGCUAUCAAGGCUACUCACCGUACUAUAGGCUACAGAUUUGAGUAAUCCACUAGAAUAGUUAUUUCUAUGUUUAGCUAAGUUUAGUUUAAUAAUUCAACCAUUUUCAAAAACAAGCACACAUAAAACUUGAAAAAGCCAUACAUGUUGUUGAGUAGGCCGAAAUCUUAGUUUAAUCUAAUUAUUCAUCUAACAAUACAAAUCCUUAUUAUUUUGUAAGGUAUUUUUACGUUGCAAUAAAGUUGACUAAACUAGAAGCUCAUCUUUUGUUUGUAGGUAUUUUCACUUGGUAAUGAGUAAAAAGUAAUUAUAUAGAAAUUGCUAUAGGUCCUGUGUAACAACUAGCAACAACCUUGUAUUUAUGCAGAUAUUACAGAUAUGUACUCUGUUGUGUAUUAGUGUGUUUAUUUUCUCACUUGGAUGGCGCUUUCAGAAGCUGACGAUUAGAUUGUCAGAAUGGGUAACAUACUUUGUAGGUACACAAUAAUUACAAGUAAGUACACCUCAAGAUACACUUCAUUUUAACUAGUGAAAUCCUGUGUAACAACUAGUAAUUACAAUGUACCUGUGCAGAUAUUACAUGUACUCUGUGGUGUACUUGAGGGUUUAUGCUCUCACUUGGAUGGUAACAAGGUUCAGGUUGCCAUAUUGGGUAAUGUACACAUUAACUCUAAGUUAUUUUUUUAUUAUAAUCUGGGAUGACACCCGUAUGGUAGACCCCAGUCAAUGAGGUUGACCUACUGUAUAUCUGAUCCGUUUUUGUAAACUCAACUAAGUUAACCCAGAUAGUACACUUUUUGGGGACAAGUGCUAGCAACAACAUUGAGUGGAGAUUUUGAAGAGUGCACAUUCACAGGCAGGUAAUUAAAGCCUAUUGAGCUUCCAACCUUUGUGAAUUCCUAAGUGGGAAUCGGCCCCUAAGAUUAUAUGGGGAUGUAUCAAAGCUCUGCUCGAGUUACUGAUUGAUAUACAAUAGAUGAUGCUUUAAAAGAUCAGGAUGACCUCAGGUAAAUGAGUGACUUUACUACUCUAGUAUCUCAUUCUACUCACAGAAUGAUUGGCUAUGUUCAAAACCAUGUGACCAUCACAUCAGCGUGAGGUGUGAAGAGGUUCCUCAACAGACCAAAGUCAGUUAGGUCACAUGACACAGAGAAAUACAAGCCUGAGUAACAACACCUAGACAGACAACUAAAAUAAAGUUGUCUAAGGCCCCCCCCCCCCCUCCCCCAUUCCAUAGAAGCCUUGUCUAAGGGGAAUUUUCUGUUGUAUGUUAACGCACUGAAGUCUGCACAAUUGACUGUUCGCCAAAUAUGUAUAACAUCAAUAUUUUUUCUCACUAUUCCCUGAAUGCUGUUGUGUUUCAGUUUGACUUAGUGUGCAAUGACAAAUGGAAGCAGCCAUUCACUUCCUCUGUGUACUUCCUUGGGGUGCUGUGUGGCUCAUUCUUCUCUGGACAGCUCUCUGACCGGUACUGAACCUCAUGAUGAUCACUAAACAGUAAGGACGUAUCCCAAAUGGCACCCUUUUACCUUUAUAGUGCACUAGUUCAUAGUACACUAUAAAGGAAUAAAGUGUGAUGGGGUGCAGCCUAAACUUUGUUGAUUGUAUGGAUGGACUAGACCUAUUUGCAGCUUCAUAAAAUCCUCCUCAAUAAAAUCUUUGGAAUAUUAACUUGAUUUAAAUAUAAUUUGACUGAAGAAUGUCCCCUCUCUUCUGAUCUCUAAAUCCCUUGUGUGUUUGUAGGUUUGGGCGAAAGCCUGUCCUUUUUGUGACCAUGGCAGUCCAGACACUCUUUACCUUUGUUCAAGUCUUUUCUCAGUCCUGGGAAAUGUUCUCAGUCCUCUUCUUCAUUGUGGGACUGGGGCAAAUAUCCAACUAUGUGGCAGCGUUCGUAUUGGGUAAGUCAUGCAAAUCACAGGUUUAAGUGACACCAUUCUUACAAUCUUGGGUGAAAUAUAGUAAAACGGUAAUAAAGCCUCAAGUCUGUAUGUCUUUGUUUAUUUAUUGCUUUAUUCAGGUACAGAAAUGUUGACGGGCACUGUGCGUGUCCUGUACGUUACCCUGGGGGUGUGUCUGUUCUUUGCCUUUGGCUACAUGAUGCUGCCCCUCAUGGCAUUCUUCAUCCGAGACUGGAGGUCGCUCCUUCUAAUUAUGUCUGUACCUGGCCUGGUAUACAUCCCCCUCUGGUGGUAGGUUGUGGGUAACACACCUCAGACAUCAACCAAAGGUCACAAACAGUCACAAAAUGCAUAGACAUUUUUACAUGAGAAAUAAACUGUACAUGAGAAAAUGCUUCUGAUGUAGGCUAUACCAUGAUCCUUCCUCAGUCUUGGUUUAUUUUAAUCAUGUGUAUGAAACCUAGGGUAUUGUUUUGAAUAUUGUAGUAUUAGAUUUAGUGUAUCUUAAUGUGACAUUUACUUUAAAAUUAAUUGUGCAACAGGUUCAUCCCAGAGUCUCCCAGAUGGCUGCUCUCUCAGGGAAGAGUGCAGGAGGCUGAGGCCAUACUAAGAGACGCUGCCAGGAGGAACAGAGUCACAGCACCAGAGGUCAUCUUUGAGGAGUCAGAGGUACAGUGAGGGAAAAAAGUAUUUGAUCCCCUGCUGAUUUUGUACGUUUGCCCACUGACAAAGACAUGAUCAGUCUAUAAUUUUAAUGGUAUGUUUAUUUUAACAGUGAGAGACAGAAUAACUACAAAAAAAAUCCAGAAAAACGCAUGUCAAAAAUGUUAAUAAUUUAUUUGCAUUUUAAUGAGGGAAAUAUUUGAAAAGGUAUGCAGUCUGACUGAGUUAACAGAAUUCAUUUCGGCAACCCAGAUUAGAUGUGCUACUAACACUGUGUUUUACAGGGUGAAGAGAAACCUAAACCAGAGGAACGUCACAGUCCUCUGGACCUCCUGAGGACCAGCAACAUUCGUAACAUCACCAUCAUAUUGUCUCUAGUGUGGUGAGCAACCAUGACAGUCCACAAGAUCACACUGGGACACUCCCGCAGUCUACUCUUUUUAACCUUAUCUCGUGAUCAUGGCAUGCCAUUCAGGAUCUCCCAUUGAUGUGAGGCAUUAUUUACAGGAAAGUUGGAGUUAGGAUCUGCUUCUAAUUGACUGGCCUAUUGCCAUGAACUUCAGUCUGUGAAUAUCUUUGACCACAGCCAUAUUAGGCCCCCAUGGUUACGGUAACAUGAUGUAAUAGUAGAAGCUGUUCUUGGUUUCUCGCAGUCAUAGACUGAAUUGUACAGCAAUUUACAAUGAUAGUAACAUGAUUGUAACAUUAUGUAUUUAUUUUACACAACCAGCUCAUCCCAUGACAGAUGUUUGACAACAGGGGGGUUGCACGUGGAAGUGCAUAUAUUGAGAGACAUUACAUUUACGUCAUUUAGCAGACGCUCUUAUCCAGAGCGACUUACAGUUAGAUUACAUAUAUAUUUUUUUAUACUGGCCCCCCGUGGGAAUCGAACCCAUAACCCUGGCGUUGCAAACGCCAUGCUCUAUCAACUGAGCUACAUCCCUGCCGGCCAUUCCCUCCCCUACCCUGGGCCAAUUGUGCGCCGCCCAUGAGUCUCCCGGUCGCGGCCGGCUGCGACAGAGCCUGGAUUCGAACCAGGAUCUCUAGUGGCACAGUUAGCACUGCGAUGCAGUGCCUUAGACCACUGCGCCACUCAGAGACAACUUGUAUAGCUCACUUAACUAAACAGGUCAAUGUUUAACAAGGUUAACAGAUAGUAGGAAUGUUAAUGCAUCAACAGUUCAAAAGAUCAGGUUGAAGGGGCAGGGGCGACUAAGAAACAAAAUAAUGUUAUCCAAAAAGUUAUGCAAAACCUGGUUAACGAAGCAACCUUGACCAUACCACCUCACUCUGCCUCUCCACUGUCCAUACUGUGUAACGUAGACCUACAGUGUCUUUACCUGGCUGUCGUCACCUAUUGUGAGAAGUCUCACUUCAGAUGGCUGAUAUUUGCAUUGUUUACGUGUUUCAUACUUUCAAUGUGCUAUCCAGGUUCACUCUGAGUAUGGGCUACUUCGCCAUAUCCCUGAACACAUCCCGUCUCCAUGGAGACCCCUAUGUGAACUGUUUCAUCUCUGCUGCCAUCGAGGUGCCUGCUUACAUCAUCAGCUGGCUGUUAUUGCGCUACCUACCCAGGAGGAUGUCUGCCUCCUCUAGCAUGCUGCUAGGAGGGGGAGCGCUCUACUUCAUCCAGCUGGUACCGCCAAGUAAGACUGUGUACCAAAUUGCACACUAUUUCCCCAUUGGGCUCUGGUCCAAAGGAGUGCCCUCUAAAGGGAAUAGGGUGCCAUUUGAGACGCAUCCAGAAACUAGACUGACUGGCAGUUCUUGGUCCCACAAUACAGUAUCAUAACCAUGAAAAAGAUCACCAAUAGGCACACAUUUUUGUAAUUUAGCAGACACUCUUAUCCAGAGCGAUUAGGGUUAAGUGCCUUGCUCAAGGGCACAUCAACAGUUUUUUCACCUAGUCAGCUCGGGGAUUAGAACCAGCAACCUUUUGGUUACUGGCACAAUGCUCUUAACCACUAAGCUACCUGCCAGGAGGAACAGAGUCACACCACCAGAGGUCAUCUUUGAGGAGUCAGAGGUGGGGGAAAAAAGUAUUUGAUCCCCUGCUGAUUUUGCACACAAAAGAAGAUUGAGACUUUGAUUAACAAUACCAUAUGUAUCUCUCUGGCCCAGGUCUACCUAGCCUAUCCAUAGCCCUGGAGAUGUUCGGUAAAUUUGGCAUGGCCACUGGUACUGCACUGAUGUAUGCCUACACUGGAGAGCUGUAUCCCACAGUGAUCAGGAACACUGCAUUAGGCUCCUGUGCCAUGAUCUCUCGGGUAGGCAGUAUCAUCGCUCCCUACAUCAUGACCUUGAGUGAGUGGUUAGUUCAAAUGCAACAAUUGACCACACCAGUGGUGCUUAAAAGAGCCACAUUCAUAUUCAGCUUUUCUGGCUAUAUAUUAUGUCAAGUCCCAUGCAAUGUUUGAAAUACAUUAAUAAUUGUGUUCUCUCUCUCUCUCUGAAGGUACCUGUUAUAAGUAUUUGCCAUACAUUUUACUGGGGAGUUUUCUUGUGCUGUCAGCUAUGGCCAUUCCCUUUUUACCAGAGAGCUUUGGCCAUCCUCUACCAGAGACCAUUCAGCAGAUGCACAAACGAGAGUGGUGAGCAAUACGCAUCACCUCAUACUGGAGUUUAGUUUAUUGGUCUUUCAGCAUUAUUACAGGUUAUUUAUGAAACAGUUGCAAUUGAAAACACUGAAUGACUUAGCUAAUGUUAAUGAUGAGAGAAAACAAUUAUUUAAUAGUUUGUUAAUCUUUCCUACAGGCUAAAGUGCCCAUGCAUCUCUGAAGAGGAUAAGAGAACACAUGAACAGCCCAAU